CCUCAUCCAUUAAACUAAUUUUAAGAUUAAGUUGCGAUUUUAAUAGAAUAGUUACGGUAGUAGCUGCUACGUUCAGGGCCUUCCCACAACACACGGCAGCAGCGUCUCAUGGUUCAUUCAACCAAACACAGUCACUUUAGACGGGCUAGGCUAGGCACUCUUUUCGGGAAUUAAGGUUGCCCGGGGGUGUCCACAUUUACACACAAGCGAGUGUCUCACUGUAAGUCGGUACUCGCUAUCUGGCCAUGGGGGACGUCAGUGAGGUUUUGAUGUCGGUUUUGUCCACAAUUCGGGUUCCGAAACCUGGAGACCGUGUCCACAAAGAUGAAUGCGCCUUGUCAUUUUCCUCCCCGGAAAGCGAAGGAGGCCUUUAUGUGUGCAUGAACAGCUUCCUGGGUUUUGGAAGUCAGUAUGUGGGCAGGCACCAUGCUCGGGCUGGUCAGAGGGCUUACCUGCACAUCACCAGGACUCGUAAGGCCAAGAAGGAAGACGAUACCGCUGGAUCAGGUCACCCGCCUAAGAAGAAGCCCACUAGGCUGGCUAUAGGGAUCGAAGGGGGCUUUGAUGUAGACCAGGAGUAUUAUGAGGAGGACGUCAAGGUUGUCAUCUUCCCAGACAGACAGGAAGUGACAUCAGAGGACCUUGCAGCUAUGCCUGAUGUCGUGAAAGAACGGGUGUCACUCUCCAUGACGGGCAUCAUGGCGGCUGACUCUGUGUCGCACAUCUUGCAAGUGCAACAGUGGGACGGAGAGGUGAGACAGGAGUCGCGACAUGCCGCCGGCCUCAAGCAGCUCGACAACGGAAUCAAGAUCCCUCCCAGCGGCUGGCGGUGCGAAGUGUGCGGCCUCCAGGAGAACAUCUGGAUGAACCUGACAGACGGCAAAGUGCUCUGCGGUCGCAGGUACUUUGAUGGCUCGGGCGGCAAUAACCACGCCCUGCUCCACUUCCAGGAGACGGGCCACCCAUUGGCUGUCAAAUUGGGAACCAUCACACCCGACGGAGCAGAUGUUUACUCGUACGACGAGGAUGACAUGGUACUGGACUCCAAGUUACCAGAGCAUCUUUCUCAUUUUGGCAUUGACAUGAUGACCAUGGAAAAGACUGAGCGGACCAUGACAGAGCUGGAAAUUGCCGUUAAUCAGCGUGUCGGGGAGUGGGAGGUGAUCCAAGAAUCAGGGACUACUCUGCGUCCCUUGUUUGGACCCGGCCUGACUGGCAUGAAGAACCUGGGCAACAGCUGCUACCUCAACUCUGUCAUGCAAGUGCUCUUCACUGUUCCGGACUUCCAGAGCAAGUAUGUGUGCAACAUCGACAAGAUUAUUGACGAGGCCCCGAGCGACCCCACUCAAGAUUUCAAGACCCAAGUAGCCAAACUGGGCUACGGUCUGUUGUCAGGCGACUAUUCCAAACCGGCACCAGAUUCUGCUGAUGAAAAUGGUGCAUCUGAGCACAAUGAUUACCAAAUCGGCAUAGCACCUCAAAUGUUCAAAGCACUUGUUGGGCGAGGUCACCCGGAGUUCUCCACCAAUCGGCAACAAGACGCUCAGGAGUUUUUAUUGCACUUCAUAAACAUGGUGGAGAGAAAUUGUCGCUCUGGGCCCAACCCAUCUGAAGCCUUCAGGUUCCUGGUGGAGGAGAAGAUUGUGUGUCAGCAAUCCCAAAAGGCCAAGUACACGCAGCGGGUGGACUACAUCAUCCAGCUACCCGUGCCCAUGGACCAGGCCACCAAUACCGACGAGCUACAGGAAGUGGAGCGCCGGCGUGAGAAUGGAGACUCGUCAGUUUUGCCCGUUCGUGCGCAAAUUCCCUUUGCGACUUGCAUGGCGGCCCUCAGUGAACCUGAACUCCUUACUGACUUCUGGAGCUCUGCUAUACAAGCCAAGACUACUGCCACCAAAACAACCCGAUUUGCCUCAUUCCCAGACCACUUGGUUAUUCAGAUUAAGAAGUUCACCUUUGGCCUUGACUGGGUCCCCAAGAAACUCGAUGUGAGCAUCGAUGUCCCGGACACGCUGGACCUGAGCGCACUCCGUGCGGCGGGCCAGCAGCCAGGGGAGGAGCUCUUACCAGAGGUGGCCCCGCCCCCACUCAUGACCCCAGAUGUGGAGGUUAAAGGUAUCCUGGGUUCCCACGGCAACGAGGAGGACGACUCUCUCUACUCCCCACUGCUGUCUCCGGCCCUAGACGAUUCUACCGUGUCCCAGCUCUGUGACAUGGGAUUCCCCUUGGAGGCCUGUCGGAAAGCUGUGUACUACACCGGGAACACUGGAAUUGAUGCCGCCAUGAACUGGGUUAUGGGACACAUGGACGACCCGGACUUCUCCACUCCCCUAGUCCUGCCCGGCUGCAGCUCAGGUGGUGGGACAACGCCGACUGAGAGCAUCUCCGAGGAGCAUGUGGCAACCAUUGUGUCAAUGGGGUUCAGCAGAGACCAGGCGACCAAAGCACUCCGAGCAACGAGCAAUACCCUGGACCGGGCCGUCGACUGGAUCUUCUCACACCUGGACGACCUCGAGUCCAUGGAGGUGUCUGAAGGAGGACGUUCAGCCGCUGAGAGUGAGAGCGGUCGGGAUCCUCCUCCUGGGCCUUGUGUCAGAGAUGGACCAGGCAAAUACGAACUGUUUGCCUUCAUCAGCCACAUGGGUACAAGUACCAUGUGUGGACACUAUGUCUGUCACAUCAAGAAGGAUCAACAGUGGGUUAUCUUCAAUGACCAGAAGGUGGCCGCCUCAGAGAAACCUCCCAAAGACCUGGGUUACCUCUACUUCUAUCGGCGGGUGGCUGAAUGAGACCGUAAUGGAAGAUGGGGGGCGCGUGGCUGCACUUUUUGUGAAAAAAGUGAAUGUGGCUAGUGUGGAUGCUCACAGAACACACGCACACACAACUUUUAUUGACACACACACACACCCCAACGAGCUCUUUGGAGCAUCCAUGUUAUAAGAAGUGUAAAUACACCUCUCUUUACUCCUCGAUGCUUGGCUGCGCAUAAUUGUUUUUUUUUUUUUUUUACUUGCAUAAAUUUCAUUUUUCCUGAAAAUCUGGACUUUUAUGUGAUGUUUGAAACAAAAUCACGUGAAGGGAGUCACACUCUUGAUUCCCUUACGAAAUAUCCGAUUACCUCUGGUUUACAAUGCAUGGCUUCAGUUACUUCUAUUGGACUCUCCACCGUAUUCAAUCACAGAGCAAGUAGCGUCAGCU